AAUUGUAUAUAAAUAUACGAAACGGUUUAUUUGUAAAAAAUAAAUUUCAGCACACAAUACCUUAAUUAUUGUAUUUUGUAUAUAAAAUUGUCAAAAUAUGUAUCAAAACACUGGUAACCAAAUGAUUCCAUAUAAUGCUAAUCCACAAUAUAAUCGACAUCCAUCACCAACUGGCCAUCCAUACAACGCUCACACCUACAAUAGUCAACCAUACAAUGCACAGCCAUAUAAUAAUCAGCCAUACAAUGGCCAGCCAUAUAAUAAUCAGCCAUACAAUGCCCAGCCAUAUAAUAAUCAGUCAUAUAAUAAUCAGUCAUAUAAUAAUCAGCCAUAUUAUAAUCAACAACACGUAUAUGGUAGCCAUACACCUAUGCAACCACCAAUAGCACCACUAAUGACAGGACAAGUACCGCCAUCGCCGAUGCAGCCAAUGGCUUCACAGCAGACAUUAGUUGAUCCAAAGACAGGCCAACAGCAGAUAAUGCGUCAGUUGACGCCCGAAGAAUCGCAAGAAUAUCGUACAAAAAACAAUUUGCCACCUGAACUUCCGAGUGCACCGCCGAUGCCAAUGCCAGUCCUAACGACCCAACAGCGGACAAUACCGCCCGGACUCGAGUAUCUUCUAGCUGUUGAUCAACUGAUUAUCAAACAACGGGUCCUAUUAUUUCAGACAAUGACCGGCAUAUUGACCAACAAUCGAUACGAAAUACAGAACAGUUUGGGUCAGUUAGUAUUUUUUGCCAAAGAAAUCAACGAUAUUUUGAUAACUAACGUCUGCGGACCGAACCGUAGUUUCGAUAUCGAGAUACUCGAUAAUACUGGCAGACAAGUUAUGCAUUUGUCGCGUCCCUACCGGUGCGACUGUUGCUGUUGUAUCUGUUGUUUGCAGUUGAUUCGAGUGGAAGCCCCUCCCGGCUGUCUAUUGGGACACAUUAGACAAAAAUGGCAUCCGAUUCGGCCAGUCUAUAUCGUGGAGGACGACACCGGCCGCAAGAUAUUGCGCAUCAAAGGUCCGCUGUGUGUCAUUCAACUAUUUUUCAGUGAUAUCCACUUUAACAUACUGUCCCGCGAUAAAGAUAUGAUGAUCGGUCAGAUCAAUAAGCAGUGGUCGGGAAUGAUGCGCGAGUAUUUUACCAAUGCUGACAUUUAUAGUAUAACAUUUCCCAUGGAUUUGGAUGUCAAAGCAAAAGCAUUGUUAGUGGGCGCCGCCUUUCUCAUUGAUUAUAUGUAUUUUGAGCGCCAACCCCAACGCCACCAUAACGGCGGUAUGGGUAUGAUGUACGGACCGGGAGUUUAUCAUGGACACGGCUGCUACGGGAUGGCACCGGGCAUGACUUUUGCACCCCAUUACGGAUCUUACAGGUCAAUGUCUAGCAAUUCAAUGAACAGUGACAAUGAUUGGUGACUGCUGGC